AUGUCUGAACACAAUGUACGCAAAAGAAACAAACCCACGUUUGUUUGUACAAACUGCAAACGCAAGAAGAUCAAGUGUGACAGAAAGACACCAUGCUCAUCCUGUGUUAAAUUAAAUAUCGGAUAUACUUGUGUAUAUGACACUAGGUGGGCAACAUCCGGAAAAGACAAGCACCAUCACAAACAACUGAAUCACGGGACAUUGUCUGGUUCGCUGGAGCAGUUGGAAGUGGCUCAAUUGAAGGCUAAAAUUGCAAAAUUGGAAAGCAUUAUAGAACAACAAAACAACAACAAGGAAGAGGAUGUUGAAACAAAAUCGGAAUCGGAAUCUGAACCCGCUGCAAGAACCACUGGCCCAAGCUAUGCACGAGCACAACCAAUUCCACCUCCGGAGACAUCAAUCGCACCUAAUCCUAUAGUGAGCUCAGAUGAUGUACUAAAUUUUUAUACCGGGUACACACCUCUUCAUAUAAAAGGUAACAUCAGAAGAGUAAACUUUGGUCCGCUAUCAUGGAUUGCAUUGUUGAAACGAGAUGCAGCAUUAUCCUUGGCCUGGAAGGAUUUAAGCACAAAGGGUUACUUUAGCAGUAUCAAUUUGAGACAAAUGCCGUUGACUCCUGAGAGCAUUGUCAUCUUGAAUACACAGAUGAGCACCCCUGAAGGAGUUUCACCCAACAUGGAUAAAUACUUUCGACGCAAGUUUUUGGAGAUUGAAGGCUAUGACGAAACGAUGCCAUACAAUUCUUUGGCAAGAAUUGCUGUCAAUAACGGACAACCUCGUGAAGGCGACCAAAAGAAGAAUGGGAAUGCUUCGAAUAAACAACAGACAGAUUUCAAAAUGUCAUUCACCCUGAUUAGUCUUGCUAGGACAAUUUUUGAGGGAAAGAUUAACCCUGAGUUACAGUUGAUUGAAAAAAUAAAGACGAUGUUGCCUUCCAAAAGGGUGUUUUGGAACUUGAUUGAUUUGUUUUUCAAAAACGUGUACCCAUUUUACCCAUUUAUUGACGAGGAUUCCUUCAAAAAGGACUUGCAAAAAAUUGUCGGGAAAGUGGAUUAUGAAGAUAAACCUUUUACUAAAGUCAACAUUAGCAAGAAAUUAGACUUGGCGACUAUUGCCCUUUGCUUCAUUUGUUUGAGGAUGACAUACUUGUCAUUGUAUUCCAACAAGGAUUCCACCAACAGAAGCAUCGUUGAUUCACAAGAUAUGACCUUGACCAAAUUUCUUUUCCAGAACCCCAUCAAUUCGUCUUGUAUUGAUGUGGCCAAUUCGUGCAUUCAAUGCUUUCACUUUAGAAGAAAAUCCAAUCUUAGCGUAUUCCAGGCAAUUUUAUACAUGAGGUUCUACAGAAACAUUGCUCCUGAAGAAGGGGAUGGAAUUGAUGGAGGUGACUCACAAGUUGGAACUGCGUUGCUUAUUCAAAUGGCUAUAUCCUUAGGUUUAAACCGUGAGCCUGAUUUGUUGGAUGUUUGCAAUGAUGAAAAGAUAAACCACUUGGGUCGUAAAAUAUGGGCAGCGUUGAUUGCUGCUGAUAUCGUCUGUUGUCUUUCUGUUGGCAAUCCUACUAGUAUUCAUCUCAAGUAUUAUGAUGUUUUAGAGCCAUUUUUGACGUCUAAAAACAGCAAUAUACAGGAUGUGGAGAUGGAGUCGGUAAUAACUCAAUCUUUUGGGAUAAUUGAUCCAGAUAGAGACCUGGUGAGGGAUUUACUUGGGUAUGUGUUGGACAUUAAGCAUGGGGCUGAAUUAAACAAGAUUACUCAUAAAUUGGAUGUUGUAGAACAGAUAUGGCAGUCUAGAUUCAAUGUGUUGCAAAAUUCGCAAUUGAAGGAGGAAAUUGACAAUUCCAAGCAUUCUAGAGAGGAUAUAAGACGGUUCAUGUACAUUGAAAAAGCGAAAAAGUUCUUGACAAUGAAGAUUCCCAUCACUUCUUUCUAUUACCAUAUAUAUUUGCACUAUGAGAAAUUGAUGGAUACAGAACUAUCGUUCUUUUACUUGCUGAAGAUAUUCUUGGUAAUUUUAAAUGAUCUCAUGCCCUAUAUUGAGGAUAUAAUAAAUGGGUAUCUAAGCUCGGUGGGGUUGUUCUUAAACCCAUUGGUUCAGCUUGCGUUGCUUAAAUCAAAUGAGAUGGUAUUUUCGUGUUUGGUUCGGGUAAACUUUGCAAUAUAUCAAUUAGAAACGUCUGAAACCCAUACUCACAAAAUGAAUGAAGAUCAACAAUACAAUGAUCAUUUCAAUACAUUGAAAGAAAUGUCUCAAAAAAUCACCCAGACUAGCAAAUUAAUUACCCUCUUGCUUGAAAGAAUGGGCCAACGUUAUUAUUGCGCUUGGAGAAUCUCAAAGUCACAGCUUACCCUUUGCAGUACAAUAUCUGGAAAAGAGUUCUACGAAAAACAUAGUCAAAAAUUGAAACGUAUCAGAGGAUUUCAGUUUACUGCUGCUCAGUUGAAUAGAUUCAAUAAGUUGAUUGGUCAACUUCAAGAAGCUGUGCAAAAGACUUUGACAUUCGAAGAUGGUCGAAACACAUCGACGCCCGAUGUGGUUAAAACAAACUUGGGCGAUAUUCAAAAUUCCUUGUCUGGAGCACAACGAUUGGUUCCAGAAGAAACCCCAGAUUCACAAACUAACCCACUCGAUGUAGCCAACAUGGGCACUCCAAAUCACAUGACUGAUGAAGCACUUGCAGAGUUAGCUAGCUUCAAUAUUAAUUACAUUGAUCACAUGUGGCUCCAGCAUGCUGCGUUAAGAAACGACGCUAAUCUGUCAAUGGAGAAUAAUUUGCUUUCGAAUUGGAGUUACAAUGAUGCGUCAAAUGGCUCUACUGGUGUGGAACAAAGUUUGUACGAUGUUGAUGCCAGCAUCACUGGUGCAGGCAUCAACAUCACUGAUCAAGGCUCGUCAAUUCAAGGGAGCUCAAAUGUCAACCAUCAGCAGUAUCAACAGGAGCAACAGCAACAGCAACAGCAGCAGCAGCAAGGUCAUACUCAGAAUCGACCUGGUCUUCCACUACAUUCACAAAGUAAUGGAUUGAUCCCAUUUCCUUCAUUGUUUGACAAUAUGGAAGGGCAUGAGUGUGUUGAUUUCAUGCUUGAUGCUGGGUCAAAGUAUACUUAUGAUUCAUUUUUAUAG